AUGCAUCUCACCACCCUCUUUCUCGCCCUCUCGGCCUCUGCCAUCCAGCUCAGCGUCGGCCGCGUCGCACAGCCGCGAGCUGAUGAUGCGCAAUGCACCAAAACCACCGUAGCCAUUCUGGGAGGUGGAAUGGCUGGUGUUACCGCUGCGCAAGCACUGUCAAACGCUUCGGUAACGGACUUUGUCGUUCUCGAGUACAGAGACACGCUGGGAGGCCGAGUCUGGCACACCGACUUUGGCGAGGACCCGAAUGGGGAUCCGUACGUUAUCGAAUAUGGCGCGAACUGGGUGCAAGGACUGGGGUCGUCCAAAAUUGAGAACCCUGUUUGGAGACUGGCCAAAAAAUACCAACUCAAAAACACCUACUCCAACUACGACUCAAUCCUCACGUACAACGAAACCGGGUAUACGAAUUUCACCGACGUUCUCGACGAGUAUGCAGCCAUGUCUGAGAAUGCGUCCGAACAAGCCGGGCAAAUCCUCAACGAGAACCUCCAAGACAUGACCGCCCGGUCUGGCCUGGCACUGGCUGGCUGGAGACCCCACAAAGACGACAUGAAAGCACAGGCCGUGGAAUGGUGGAACUGGGAUUGGGAAGACGCCUUCUCCCCAGACACGAGCUCGUUCGUCUUCGGCGUUGCCGGAGAGAACCUGACAUUCAACCAGUUCGGCGAACGGAACAACCUCGUCAUCGAUAAGCGCGGAUACAGCGCCCUUAUCCAAGGCGAGGCAGACACCUUCCUCAAACCAAACGAUCCCCGGCUCCGACUCAACACCCAAGUUACCGACAUCGAGCAUAGCUCCGACGGUGUUAUCGUGCGUAACAGUGACGGCAGCUGCAUCACCGCUGCGUACGCCAUCUGCACAUUCUCCGUCGGUGUGCUGCAGAACAGCGACGUCGAUUUCGCCCCCGCCCUUCCGGAUUGGAAGCAGACGGCAAUUGAGAAAUUCGCCAUGGGCACAUACACCAAGAUCUUCAUGCAAUUCAACGAGACAUUCUGGCCCGAGGACACGCAGUACUUCCUCUACGCCGACCCCACGACCCGCGGGUACUACCCUGUCUUCCAGUCCCUGUCAACAGAGGGUUUCCACCCAGGCUCAAACAUCAUCUUCGUCACCGUCGUCGAGAGCCAAGCGUACCGCGCAGAGCUCCAAUCGGACGAAGAGACCAAGGAAGAAAUCCUUGAAGUCCUCCGCGACAUGUUCCCUGACAAGGAAAUCCCCGACCCCAUCGCUUUCGCCUACCCGCGUUGGACAAGUGAACCCUGGGCAUACGGCAGUUACUCCAACUGGCCAGUUGGGACGACAUUGGAGAUGCAUCAGAAUCUGCGUGCGAAUGUGGACCGCCUCUGGUUCGCAGGUGAAGCAACCAGCGCGCAGUACUUUGGGUUCCUGCACGGAGCGUGGUAUGAAGGGCGCGAAGCAGGCGAGAACGUAGCGGCCUUGCUAAAGGAUGAAUGUGUCGAACUUUAUGGGACUGAAACUUGCGGGGAUAGGACGCAUUAUGAUGUGCUGCAUGGGACGAGCCCGGUCAAGUCAUAUACGGUGGAGAAUGGGUGGCCAGUGAACAGUACUGAUUUAUAG